GCAGCCCAGUAUUGCUGAUUUUCCAGUGCAGUGGAUAUUAAUAUUUUCAUGCAAGAAAUCUUCGUUUAAACCUUCAUUUUCUUGGCGUGUUGUCUCAACGUCCCCGUUUUCUCGUGUGAGGUAUCCUAUUGGAGUUUUACGCAAUGGCUACCGAGGCUCAGGGUAGCGAGCUAGCAGAUAAGAAUGGCGAUUUGGGAGAGAGCAACACACCGCAGACCGCUGCUGCAUCUGCGGCAAGUGCAAGUGUAGUUGGGAGCGGCACGACUAAGAUCAAAUUCGGUGUGUUGAUCGGAUUGAUCGAAGUGGGAAUCGAAGUGGGUGAGAUUUCCAACAGGGAUGUUGUCGACACCGUACUCAACCUUCUUGUGGGUGGAGAGUUUGACUUGGAGUCCAACUUCGUCAUUGAAGAUCCUGAGAAUAUCAACCAUCUCCUGGAGCUUAUUGAUCACUGUGAGGAGAAACUACAGGCUGAGAUAUGGAGCAUGUUUAUUGCCAUCUUGAGAAAGAGUCUUCUGAAUCUCCAAGCGUGUACCGAGGUCUCCCUCAUCCAGAAGCUUGUCAACAAACUACAGUCAUGUGAUGAAAUGCUGUCCGAUCUAUUGAUGGAGAUUCUUGGAGUGAUUGCAAGCUACAGCAUCUCGGUCAAGGAACUCAAACUCAUCUUCAGCUUCCUGAAAGGUGACAGUGGAAGAUGGCCACAGUAUUCAGUGAAGUUACUACAGGUUUUGAAGCAGAUACCACGCAAGCACGGCCCUGAUGUAUUCUUCAGUUUCUCUGGCAAGAAUGGAGCGGCUAUUGCAAUGCCCCCUAUGGCAAGGUGGCCGUACCAGAAUGGAUUUACCUUCACAACUUGGUUCCGCUUGGAUCCUAUCAACCCAUCCAUCGAGAAAGAUAAACCAUAUCUCUACUGUUUCCGGACGGGCAGAGGAAUCGGUUACUCUGGCCACUUCAUGGGAUCUUGUUUGGUCAUCACAGCAGUCAAGAUCAAAGGCAAAGGAUUCCAACAUUGUGUCAAGUAUGACUUCCAACCGAGGAAGUGGUACAUGGUGAGCGUGGUGCACAUUUACAAUCGCUGGAGGACAAGUGAGAUGCGCAGCUAUGUGAAUGGUGAGCUGGUAUCGUCUGGGGAGAUGCAGUGGCACGUAGGAGCAAACGAGCCUUUUGAUAAGUGUUUUCUUGGAUCGGCACCAACGGCAGACAAAGAGAGGACUUUUUGUGGUCAGAUGUCAUCAGUGUAUCUAUUCAGUGAGGCUCUGUCACCUCAUCAAGUACAUGCCAUGUACCUGCUUGGAGCAAACUACAGGAGCCAUUUCAAGUUCCAUUCUGAGAGUGACGUCAGCCUCUCAGAGCACUACAAGAAGAUCCUAUACGAUGGCAAGAUGACUAACAGCAUUGUGUUCCUGUACAGCCCCGCUGCAACUGAGUCUCAACUGUGUCUGGACUCCUCACCCAAGGGCAACAUUUCUUUCUUUGUGCAUUCACCUCAUGCACUAAUGGUCCAGGAUGUUCGUGCCAUCGUUACACAUUCCAUACACAGCACCUUGCAUUCCAUUGGAGGUAUCCAUAUGAUAUUUCCUCUUUUUACACAACUGGAUUUUGUUCAACCGGUAACCGAGGACGAUAAGGACGAGAUGAUCGACCCAGAUGUAUGCCCAUUGUUACUUCACCUCCUGUGUGAUCUCCUGAAGGGAUCCAUGUCCACACAGCAACAGAUGGUUCAAGGCAGGGGCUUCGUCAUCCUUGGCUACCUACUACAGAAAGCAUCCAUGGAACACAUGACAGAGACUGCUCUUGAGUUGUUCUUGGAUCUUGCUAAGUAUUACAACGGAGUACCGGCUGGUGUGCAGCUACUCAGACAUCUUGUGGAUCAUAUUCUAUUCAACCCGGCACUGUGGAUUCAUACACCAGUCAAGACCCAGAUCUCGUUGUACACGUUCCUAUCCAAUGAGUUUGUUGGCCAGUCCAAUAUCUACACCAACAUCCGACGUGUCAGUACUGUGUUACAGCUCAUGCACACCCUCAAGUACUACUAUUGGAUUGUUAAUCCAGAGGAUCGAAGCGGCAUCACUGCUAAAGGGCUGGACGGACCUCGACCAAGUGCAGAAGAUCUUCUUUCACUGAGAGCUCUAAUCCUACGCAUCACUAAGCAACUGAUUCUAAAGGAACGCUCAGCAAAUGAUGAGGAGCUACAGAUUAUCUUGAACUAUCUUAUGACUAUUCAUGAGGACAUCAAUCUGAAGGAUGUACUGCAGCUCUUACUGUCGCUCCUGGCAGAAAACUCAAAUGGAAUGGCUGUUGCUUUCGACAGGAAAAAUGGCAUUAGAGUGAUCUACAAACUGCUUGCGUCCUAUGAUGAAAUAGUACGAGCCAUGGCAAUCAAAGUUCUGGCACUCUUCUUGAGCCGCCUUCCACACAAGAGGAAGUUGGAUUUGAUGUAUGCUCACAAUCUGUAUUCUCUACUUGGUGAACGACUGCUAUUGACUUCAAACUCCCUAUCCAUGGUCAUGUACAACUGCUUAUUUGAGUUGUUAACAGAGCGAGUCAGCUUACAGGUAGCUACAGGCAGCCACAUCAAACCAGACAAGACCUACAGAGUACUGAAUCCCGGUAUAUUUCAUGUGACUGCUCGUCUGUUGCGUCAGUCUGUACCUAGUGAGGCAACACUAGAGGUCAAGAAACACUUCCUAUCUGAUAUGAUUCUACUCUUCAACCAAAGCAGGGAAAACAGGAGAAUUCUGUUGCAGUGUUCCGUUUGGCAGGACUGGAUGAUCGGCCUUGCCUACAUUUACCCCAACAAUGAGGAAGAGAAGAAGAUAACGGACAUGGUCUACUCACUCCUUCGCAUGCUCCUCCAUCACGCCAUGAAGUACGAAUGGGGAGGCUGGAGAGUGUGGGUCGACACUCUGUCCAUUAUUCACUCAAAGGUAUCUUUUGAAGAUCACAAGCAGGAGCUUCUGAAAGCCUACAACCAUUACCAGAACUCCCAAAGCGGCGAUGGAGCUGCGAGUAUCUCAGCAUCCAUUAAUGCUGCUCAGUUGGAGGAUGGUGUCUUCCAUGAAGAUUCCAUCAGUCCACUGGCAGCCAUGACGGGGGGAUACGCUGAGGGUCAGACAGCUGAGGGGGUUAAAGGCGAAAGUAAACCAGAAGCCAAUUCAGAAGACACAGACGAGCAUUUCAUCAGUGAAACGCUUGACAGUGUGAUUAAUGAUGUCAUCAAGAUAGUGGAUGGCAAGAGUGCCCUCUUGGGGCAAGAAUCAGAGAGGGAUGAAGGUAGCGACGAGACACCUCAGGAGGCAGCGGCAACAAGUGGCAAUGACAAAUCCCCAGAAGAAGAGUCUAGCAAGGAAAUAUCUGACCAAACAGCCAGUAUUGCAAGCUCCGACUCCACAGCGACUAGCUCCACAGCCUCCCACCCCAACCCCCUCGCUGCCAAUCAACUCCCGACAGCCCAGGGGGCAACUCACGUACCUGGCAGUGGCAGGAGCCAGUGGCUACCACCAAAGAACAAGCCGCAAGACGAUGACCAGGCAUCCCUGGGCAGACAGAGUUCUAGAUUCUUCAGUCCCGGUCCUCACCAAGCACCUUAUCGUAUUCCUGAAUACUCCUGGUCUAGUAUGCAUCAGAGGAUGAUGUCCGAUCUACUGUUUGCCAUCGAGACUGAUAUACAAGUUUGGCGCAGCAAUAACACAAGAACUGUUAUCGACUAUGUGAAUGCCGCAGAGAAUACCAUCUUUGUUCAGAAUGUGACUCAGAUGGUGUCUCAGAUCAUGGAUAACCUCAUCUAUUCAUCAGGAGGUAUACUCCCAAUGCUCUCCUCUGCAACAUCAAGAAGUCAUGAGCCAGACGUGAUUGAGCCUACACAAGGCCUACCGCUAGAGGUUGGGAUAUCCUUUAUCAAUCGUAUCAUGAACUUGGUAGACGUCCUGGUGUUUGCGAGUAAUCAGAACUUUGGAGAGCUAGAGGUUGAGAAGAAUAUGCCACGAGGAGGUAUCCUGAGACAGUGCCUCAGACUCACUACCUUCUGUGCCAUCCGUAAUGUCUUGGAGUGUCGCUUCAGGACGCAGCCCUCGCCAAACUCCAGCCAUGUCAGCUUGAGCAGCAUCAAUCUCAGUGAGCCUACCAGUCCAACCGGUCGCAUCCAAACUCUCAUUAAUGCUACUCAGCCGUCAGCAAGGUUACAGGGAAAGUAUUCAUCGGUUAUGAAGAAUAUCGUGGAGCACCUGGCUGGCCCGAUGUCGCCCAUCAAAGAUCUCGGGCGGUUAUUGCAAGAUAUGGACGUUCAUCGACUGAGGGCAGUUGUCUACAGAGAUGUGGAGGAAAGCAAGCAAGCCCAGUUCCUUGCCCUUGCCAUUGUCUACUUCAUCUCCGUUCUCAUGGUCGCUCGUUACCGUGACAUCCUAGACAACGAAGUGGGAUCAUCAACGCCAUCCUCGCGCUCACGCCAAAACUCCCUCCGCCAGCAGCCUAGCCACGCAGCCAGCAGCCAAUCUCUAGCCUCGGACACACCAUCAGAACACCGAGGCACACAGACGGUCUUAACACGCCUCGCGAAGAAGCCGUCAAUUAAGGAAGAACCAAAGAAGGAGGCAAUGCCCAAACCGGAGGUCAUGAAGGAGAAGGAGGGUAAUUCGACGGAGGAAAGUAGUUUGGCUGGUACUCCCCAAGAGAAGCCAUCCACAGAGAAUGAUUUCACUGAAAAGAUUGAGACACCAAAGCCUGACAAUCAGCCGCCCCCGGUAAUCAAACCAGGCACCCCACCUCAGAGGGACAGCGACACGGUUCAAGAAAAGAUUCCAGACUCAGAUGAACCUCUAACAUCCAAAGACGCUCCCGAUGUGGACAACAGGGUCAUCGAAGGAGAAGCAGAAAUCUCACAGACCGGAAUGGAAGAGGACGAGCUUCAAAAAGAGAAACGCAUCAUAGAAGCCGUUCAGGAAGAGACAAUAGAGGGCGCUGUUAAUUCCUCCAAGGAUCUUUCGCCGGAGCCGGAGAAGGAGUCGAUGGAUGUGAAAAAUGUCGAAAACGGGAAUAAGGAGAAGAUGGCGGAGGAGAUCCCAUCAAAGGAAACGGCUGAAGAUAACAAGGAGGACAAAGAGCAUUCUGUCGCCGUUGCCCGACCCACUCAAGAAGGGCAAGGCAAGGAGCAAGGCGAUGCGGGUGCCCCUGAGAAGGCUGAAGUGAGGCAGUUGAAUGGCAAAGUGGAGAUGAACGGUAGUGCUCCUAAUGGAUCGGCACAGUCUAGUCCGGAUGAGGGUGGUGAUGCGAAUGGAGCUGCGGGACCCUUGAAUACAGCCUCGAUCUCGUCUAUUAUUAUGGCCUCGGAGAAAGUGGCAGAGAAGCGUCCUCUCCAGACCUGGCCCUGGACAGCCACAGCAACCCCGGAGGUCCCAGAGGAAGAGGAGAACCACAGUCGCAAGAACUCCAACGACGACCCCGAGCCUCCGUAUCCACCCAUGCCGUUCCCCAUGGACCACUCUGUCCCACCGAAUGCCGCACCGGGUGAGGCAAACGCAACCCCUCAGGAGAGACCAAAGAACCUGGAUCUAGAGAGCACGACGCAAACGGUGAAUUCAUUCAAUGAUUGUUACCUCGGGGAGGGAACGGUUGAGGAGAGACUGACCAAGGCGUUGGAGACGGCCGCACCGUUGCUGAGGGAGAUUUUCAUUGAUUUUGCACCAUUUUUGUCCAAGACGCUGCUGGGGAGCCAUGGGCAGGAACUGCUUAUUGAAGGUCUCGUGAGUAUGAAAUCAUCCAACUCCGUGAUUGAAUUAGUCAUGAUGCUCUGCUCCCAGGAGUGGCAGAAUUCCAUUCAGAAACACGCAGGGCUCGCGUUCAUCGAGUUGGUCAACGAGGGCAGGAUUUACUCGCACGCUACGAGGGACCAUCUAUUACGUGUGGCAAACGAGGCUGAGUUCAUCUUGAGCAGACACCGUGCGGAAGACGUGCAAAAACACGCAGAGUUUGAGUCCUUGUGCGCUCAGUCUGCGAUGGAGUGCAAAGAAGAAGAAAAGAUGUGCGACCACCUAAUCACGGCAGCGAGGAGGCGGGACCACAUCUUUGCUAACCAGCUACUCCAGAAGACCAUCAACAUCUUGACCAAUAAGCACGGUGCUUGGGGUAUCGUCACUAACAGACCACGUGAGUUUUAUCGUGUGGAUAUGUGGGAGGAUAACACCCGACGUCAUCGUAGGUUGAUACGUAACCCUCAUGGAUCCACUCAUCCAGAGGCUACCCUAAUGGCUGCAAUAGAACACGGUGAGGAUGAUGAUGUGAUUGAGAAUGCUAAGCAAGCUCUUCAUUCUCAGCUCGCUGGAGGUCGGAGGUUCGAUUCUCAAGUCAGUGAGUUUGAAGAGGAUAGCACCAGUCUGCAGGACGAGAAGGAUGUAGAGCUAGAGACUGAACUUGAAGGACCGGUUGUGUAUAGCACCCCAGCUUCUCUCAUUGCCCCCUGUGUGGUCGCCAAGGGAACACUGUCUAUUACGUCAUCUGAGAUGUACUUUGAGGUGGACGAGGAGGAGCCCGCGUACAAGGAAUUGGAUGCUAAGGUUAGACGUGAUUUUAAUUUUAUUGAGUCCAUUGAUUCCAUUGAUUUUAAUUCCAUAGUCCUUUAUCAUGGUGCGGUUAUUUUGAUUUUCCCCAAUCAAGACUGGAAAGAAAAAAAUAGUCUGGUUCCAUUUUGUCUGAAGAAUACUAGCAUUCAUUACUGUUACUGGAUACAAGAUCAUGACCAAGAUGGUGGCUGCAUGAUAAAGGUCUAUACACUGAAAACCAGUCAAGUCAUACGACUGUGA